AGCAACGAACCAGCCAAAAUCCAUCUGCAGCUAGCUAGGGUCUUGCUUGCUUGUGUGGCCAUGGACAUCUAUAGCGCGGUGUUCGUCUUCUGCGUCUACGCGGUGGGCACGAUGGAGGUGCAGGUGCUCUCCGCCAUGGCCCUGGCGCGGCGGAAGGCCGCCCCGGCGCCGACGGCGUCCAAGCUCGGGCGGAUGCUGGGCAGCUCCCUCUGCGUGUUCGUCGCCACCUACCUCCUGGCCCACGGCACCCUGAGCGUCCUCGCGCCGUGCCACUUCCAGUGCCUGCGUGUGCGGAUCGCUGCUCUCGUCGCCGGCGUUGUGGACCUCGCUGUCACCGCCAGCAUCAUGCCGCGUCCCGUGGAAGGUUAGCUGCAUGCAUGCGGCGCGGGUGCAUGUGCCAGAGGAAGAUGGAUCUGGAGAGUCACGAAUUGGAUUAAAACUGGCAUGCCUUAUAGUAUAUACCCUAAAUAACAAGGGCAUGCGUUGUGUCGUGUGUUAUAUUGUGUCUUUGUGUUGAUCAUGGAUUUCCCCGGUUAUGUGAACAUGUUUUACUUUACUCAGUAUAGAAGCAUUUGAGGGUUGGAGCUGUUAUGUGAGACUCUAUUUCGUGAGCAACUUCUCGAAGGGUUUAUCUAUGCAUGACCUUAUCUUGGUUUA